UUAAAUUAAUUUAAAUUAAAGUUGGCAAUGGCGACAGCUCUUGUGCUGUCAGCUGUUUUCUAUUGUUGCUGUAUUCUGCAGUUAAUCAGAUCACAGCCAGGAAAUUAUGGAAAAUCGUAACUUUAAAAAGGGUUCCUGUGAGCACUUUUGUCCCGCUGCCGAAGCCAAAAUGCGCAUUGAGAAGCGUUUGUUGAACUAUUACGAAUACAAAGAUGGUCAGAAACACGUAGCCGGCAUUCUGGUGAAGGAGUUCACGCGCUCCGCAGCUGAUGCCAAGGUGCCCAAGGCGCAGGACAUGCGCACUGAGCGCUGCCUAACCAAAACUGUUGAAUACCUGCUCAAUGACAUUUUGUUGGAUGAACGCAAACCGUUUCACUUUGCCUACGAUUUCAUCUUUGAUCGGUUGAGGAUGGUGCGUCGCGAGAUUGUCAUCCAGCAGUUUGAAGCGAGGCAAACAAUUCGACUGCUGGAGCCGAUGAUUAUGUUUCUGGCUUAUAGUCGAUAUCGACUGUGCGGGGAACCCAUUGAGAAGUUCGAUACCAAAAUAUGUAAUCAGCAUUUGCAGGAAUGCCUAAAUAUGGUUCUUUGUUGCUACAAUGAACUGGAUGAGGAUGGACAAAUGGAAGAAGAACAAAAGUGGACUAUUCGUGAGGCGGAACGUCGCUGCUUUAUUGAGGCACUGUAUCAGGUCUUCAAUCUGGGCACAUCGGAAGCGUUGGUGCGUGGUUUAACGCUGCCUGCUGCUGUGAGAAAUGACAAGUUAUUUAAAUUAUCCUUUGGCAUCUGCCUCAACUAUCAUCGGGGUAAUCUCUAUAGGGUUAUGCAAGGACUGCCACAGUUGCCACACAUAAUUUGCGCUGUGGCUGCCGCAAAACUACAGACAAUACGAAGACGCCUAUUGGAAAUCUUUACGCAUGCCUACAACAACAAACAGCUAACGGUGCCGGCAGCUUACUUGUUGCGUUUAAUAUUGGUAGAGACGUCGGUACUGUCAGAUCUCUGCCGGCAUUACCAUAUAGCAUUAACUGCUGAUCGUAAAUCGGUGCAUUUUAGUAAGACUGAUUUUAAAAGCGACGCUGCAGCAAUAAAAGCGCAACGUGAGCCUUUUGUUGAUGAGAAAUUGUCGUGCAUUCAUCUACCUAAAGUGCUGCUUCUGAAGAAGUUGUAGCUAUAGAUCUCAAAAUAGCAGUUUGUAAAAAGUGUAAAUUAAUUAAUCAUAUGCAAAUUAUACAUAAAUACACACAUACAUAUA